AUGAUGUUUGGUGGUUAUGAGAGUAUAGAAGCAUAUGAAGAUGACCUUUAUCGUGAAGAAUCAUCUAGUGAAAGUGUUGAUAGUGAGGUGGAAUUUCAACUCUACAGCCAGAUUCAUUAUGCCCGAGAUCUUGGUGAUACUAGGGAGGAAGAACCUGAAGAAAAGGACUCAGGGGAUUCUGAAUCACCAAGUAGUGAACCAAAUCAGAAGAACAUAAUUGUUCUUUCAGAUAGCGAGGUCAUCCAGCUUUCAGAUGGGUCAGAUGUCAUCACGUUGUCCGACGAAGAUAGUAUUUAUAAAUGUAAAAGAAAGAAUAUUAGAGUUCAACCACAAGAAAAGAUCAGGGGCUCUCCUGCUUUUUUUCAUUCAAAGGCGUUGACUGAUAAAAGAAAAAAUAAGAACAAUACUGAGAAGCCCAAACCUGAGGAGAGACCAGGUGUGAUCAAAGAGGUCAUGAUUGUAGAGAUCGGUUCCAGUGAAGAUGAAGAUAGCACCAUUUCAGAGAGUGAUAAUGUGGAAAGCUGGAUGCUACUGGGAUGUGAAGUAGAUGAUGAUAAAGAUGAUGAUAUCCUUCUCAACCUGGUUGGAUGUGAAAAGCCCGUUAAUGAAGGAGAAGAUGGUGUAAAUUGGUUCAUCAGUGACAAAGAUAUUGAGGCACAAAUUGUUAAUAAUAGAUCAUCUGGAAGAUUGACACGCCGAUACUAUUCAGUUAACAAAAACGUUAUCUGUCGAAACUGUGACAAAUGUGGGCAUUUGUCAAAAAACUGUCCCCUUCCAAAAAAAGUCCGUUCCUGCUGCCUGUGCUCUGAAAGAGGACACCUCCAGUAUGCCUGUCCAGACCGCUUUUGCUUUGACUGUUCUUUGCCCAUGUCUUCCAGUCACAGAUGUUUUGAAAGAUCUUCCUGGAGAAAACGAUGUGACCGGUGUGAUAUGAUAGGACACUAUGCUGAUGCUUGCCCAGAAAUCUGGAGGCAGUAUCACCUAACAAUCACACCUGGACCACCUAAAAAGCCAAAGACCCCAUCUGGACAGUCGACCCUUGUGUAUUGCUACAACUGUGCACAGAAAGGCCACUUUGGACAUGAAUGUGCAGAAAGACGAAUGUUUAACCAUACAUUUCCAACAUCUCCAUUCAUCUACUACUAUGAUAACAAAUACGAAAUUCAAGAGAGAGAAAAGAGAAUAAAACGAAAAGUAAAAGAACUCCAGAAAAAGGAGGAUAUAUCAGGGCAGUUCAAGAGACCUCAUAUGGAAGCAGCAGACAUGAAGCUCUCCCCGGCUAGAAGAAAUAGCCAUGGCUCAUGGAGAAAAAAGAGGUGGCCACGAGAACAGCCAGAGAUCCAGAAAGAUGCAGUGAGCAGGAAGAGUGGGAAGCACUGGAAGGCAGACAGGCUUGGCUACGGGGACGAGGACUUCCCCAGGGGUCCCAAGGAUCACCGGAAGCCUCCACAGGCCUCCCACCACUCACCGCGUUACCACAGGCCAGGAGAAAAGCAGCCCAAAGAGGGCACAUGGGGCAAAAAGAAGAAAAAAGGGAGCAGGCUGGACCAUGAUGACAAUGAUAAUCUAUUUCUUAUUAAGCAGAGGAGAAAGAAAACCUAA